GUUUAUAACUUGUUGUUAGGAUAUAUUUGUUUUUUCAUUUUCAAAUACAGAUGUAUUGUAUAACUGUUUGAUUUCAGGCAAAUUAAACCAAAUUCUCGACUUUGAUAUAAAGAAUGUGAUGUCAGUCCUGAAGACUUUGAUUCAGACUGAGAAUAUGAAUGGUUUGAAUAUUCAACACAACUGCCUAUUAAUCGUUAAAUCGAUUCUGAGUUCUCAACCCAAUGCAAACCGCAAGGAAAAGGCUUUUCUGAUCAUAUGUGACGAUCAGUUGAUCGACAAUUUACUUCUUCUGGAGGAUAGUAUUCUUGGAAGCGAACCCAUUAUUGAAACAUUUUAUAUCGUUUUGACAAAACUAUCUCAUCCUCAGAUGAGAGCCUUAUGUGCGCCCAUUCUUUGCACUCCAAACACCAAUGAUAUCUUGUCUUUAGAGAUGCAUUCAGACAAUGGAUUAGUGAAUAUAAUUGAUAUCAUUCUCACAAUUCAUAAAAACAUGUCUUCCACGUCCACACAUGCCAUCGAAGUUCUUGUAGUACAGAGAUUAAUGGAUCCGUUGCCACUACCACUGGAUUCGCAUUUUAAUCCAAACACAUUUGAUAUACCAUUGAAUGGAGAGUCCAGUUAUAAACCAGAAUUUGUCGGAACUUUAAACGGAAAUGAAUGCAAUGUCGACGAGACCUAUGAAUCUUCAGAACAAAGCGAUUCCGACAAUGAAUCUAAUGAACAGUUUGAUAGUCAAUCGGUUUCAUCCGAAAGUGAUAUUAUCUCAUAUGAACAGUAUUUCCCAGAAUUUAAAGAUUUUGAAUUGAAUCCAGAGUUUAGGCAAAAGAAUAACACAAUUAAUGAGCCAAAAGUGAACAAAGAAAGAAAGAGAAAAUUACUUGAUUCUGACGAUCGUAAGGACAAUAAAGUAGAUAUGAAUGCAAUACAAGAGAUGUUAAAAAGUGCUAAAGAAGACAAACGAAAGGAUAUUUUCAUGGAGAGCGCGGACUGGCGUCAAGUCUAUACACAAAUGUCGGCAAAAACCAUAAGUAUUCAGCCGAUUGUCACUUUAGCGGAACCAGAAUUGGCCGCAAACUUAGGAAACAAUAAGUUGGAGGCAAUGGUUAUGAACGAAUCGGAGGGUUCGUGGGAAACGGCCAGAACUAAACUCAUGCAACACAUCACUCAAAGAAAUGACAGGAAAACUAAAGAAUGGUUUGUCGUCUUUGAUGUCGAAAACGGGGCAAAAACUUUGCAUAAAAAUAAACUUCAAUUUGAGUCUCGAUUCGAAAGCGGAAACUUGAGAAAACAAAGCAGUCUUUUCAAUGAGGGUCAGAGGCCUGUCAUGUUUUCGACCAAAGAAUCCCUUAUCUGUGAUAAACCGUUUUGGAAACGAGUCGGACAUUCAAUCGCUUACUAUCGCAACCAUUAUCUCAAAGAAGACUCAAUCGACAGUCUAAUGAACGGCAAAACUUAUUACACUUUAACUUUUAAUAUAGUAUUUCCAUUUGAAAACGACGACUGCUUUCUAGCGUUUAAUUAUCCGCACAGUUAUACAUAUUUGAAGAGUUGUAUUCACUUUUGGCAAAACUGUCACAAUUCGUGUAAUACAUAUUUCCGACACCAAACUCUGUGCACAUCAUUGGCCGGCAAUGAGGUACCGGUGCUCACUAUAACCAGCUCUAAACCGCCGCGUAAAGAGACUGGCCGUCAAUAUGUGGUAUUAUUAGGUCGCGUCCAUCCGUCCGAAACGAAUGCCUCGUGGAUUCUGAAGGGAUGUAUUGAUUUCUUAUUAAGCGAUAAGAUGUCGGCCCACAAGUUGCUCGACAACUAUGUCUUCAAAAUAGUUCCGAUGUCUAAUCCGGACGGAGUUAUCAAUGGAAACUCGCGGACGGGAGCGCAGGGAGAAGACCUGAAUCGACAGUGGCGUCGACCCGACCCUCUCCUCCAUCCGACAGUAUAUCACAUGAAAUCUUUGAUAAGAUAUUUGAGUCACGUAUCGAAUAAUACAAAUCCAGUCAUUUUAGUCGACUUUCACGGACACUCUCGCAGGAAGAAUAUCUUCGUUUACGGCUGUUGUCCGUCGAUGUCAUGGAAAAGAAGUGAUAGAAACAAACCUUCCGAAGAUAGCAGUCAUUUGGCGUUUCCAUUGCUAUUGGAGUCAAUGGCGCCGGCAUUUAGUCUUAACAGUUGUUCCUAUAAUAUAGAGGAGAGUAGAGAACCGACGGCUAGAAUCACCGUUUGGAGAGAAUUGGGUUUAAAAGCGAGUUAUACUCUGGAGUGUUCGCAAGCGGGUUGUGAUCAGGGCCUCUACGAUGGUAUGCAUCUCGGUAUCAAUGAGUUGACAGAAAUGGGGCAUAAAUUCUGUUCAGCACUUCUUAAAAUGCAAUUCAUUUAUGAUUCAAACACCGGUCGACCGAUUCCUGUGGUUCCCAAUGAUCUGCUAAUUGAAUCAACAAAUAUGUGA